AUGACGGAGCAGUGGAAGAGGCAGGAUGACGGGCUCGUACGGCAUCUGAACGACGUAUUCUCUCCACUGCAGUUUCCGCCGGAGCUUGCUUCUCGAAUAUUGACACAUGCGAGUCAUCCCGACGCUGUCCGGAGGCAUAACGCGAGGUUGAGUUUCGUAGGACGACGUGUUUUACAAUCCUACUUACUCAUGUUCAUACACUCGUCGCCGGCCCUGCAACCCGAGCAUGACUACGAGAAGCUCGCCCUCCGUGCCCUCAACACGUACACUCUCGGCGAGCAUAUUGCACCGAAUUGGCGGCUUGGGAAAGUUAUCAAGUGGAAGCCGAUGAAUGUCGGAAACCUGUCAAGACCCCUCGGACCUGAUGCAGAUGUCCCUGCUCCGCUAGCCAACGCAACGGGCGAUGCUGUGCGUAGCAUCGGUAUGUACAAGGUGCACGGGACAACGGUCGAGGCAGUAGUGGGCGGCGUAUUUCACCAAUUUGGCGGAGCUGUCGCUCAUCGUCUUUUCCAUACUCGACUGCUUCCUCAUUUGUGCAUACAAGGCAGCAUGGAAGGUCUUCAUGCAGCAUACCAUCAGCACGCUCUGGAGGUUUGCGAGAAGAUGGGUGGGCGCACGGGGCCGCUAUUGCGGUGA